AUGGGGCUGGCUGGAAGAGCCAUGGGGACGCUGGGGGUCUCGAGAGGGGCACCACUCCUCUCUCUCUGCAGGAUAGUGCUGCUCUUUCUCUCCAUCUCAGAGCUGGAUGCACAAACCGCAGUGGAAACUAAACCUCUGUACAUCUGGCAAACAGGUCCAUGGGGUCGUUGUAUGGGCAGUGAGUGUGGACCAGGCGGCAGUCAAAGCCGGGCCGUUUGGUGUGCUCACUCUGAAGGCUGGACCACUCUGCACACAAACUGCAACCAGACAGAGCGGCCGGACAACCAGCAGAGCUGCUUCAGAGUGUGCGACUGGCACAAAGACCUGUACGACUGGCAGCUGGGAGCCUGGAAUCAGUGUGUACCAGUGUCAAUGCGCAGUGCAGGGGUGCAGCGCCCGGCUGUGUGCACCCGGGGAGAGGAGGGCAUCCAGACCCGUGAGGUGGGCUGUGUCCAGAAAGCGGAUGGUGAGCCCGCGGAGGACGCAAUCUGUGAAUACUUUGAGCCGAAACCACGUCUAGAGCAGGCCUGUCUCAUCCCCUGUCCCCGGGACUGUGUGGUGUCUGAGUUCAGCCCCUGGACUGUCUGUUCCAAAACCUGUGGGAUGGGCUUACAGAACCGGAUCCGUUUUGUCCUGGCGCCACCACUCUUUGGUGGUGCAGCCUGUCCAAACCUGACAGAGUUUCAGACAUGCCAGCCGGGGGCCUGUGUGGGAGCUGAGAGCCUGUUCAGCCUCAGGGUGGGACCAUGGGGGCUCUGCUCGGUCCCGCUGCCGAGACAAGCCAGACAAGCUGAGGAUCUAUCUGGAGAAAGUGUCUCACAGUCCAGAGAUGGGGACAAACAAACCUCAGAGGGUCUGAAACAGUCUGGUGAGGGAGACAAACCAUCAAAAGGAAGGGACAAACAGACGAAAGGAGGGGACAAACAAACCAGAGAGGACAGCAAGCAGCACAGAGAGGGAGGCAGGAGGUCCAAAGAGGGUAAAAGAGUCCCCAAAGACGGGGACAAAGCAUCCAGAGCCAGCAGAAAACUAGCCAAGGCAAACGGGAAACCAGACAGACCAUCCCGACAGGCAGACAGACCCAAACGACAGAAAAAGGCUAAGAACAAAGAGAAGAGAGAGAAAAUGAGAGAGAAAGCCCGGGAGAGGCUGAGGGAGAAGGGUAAGAUGAGGGAUCCUGAGACCAGAGAACUUAUCAAGAAGAAGAGGAACAGGAACCGUCAGAAUCGCCCGGGAGGAAAGUUCUGGGAACUGCAGGUCGGCUACCAGACCAGAGAGGUGACCUGUGUGCACAAGAGCGGAGACGUUGAAGCUCUGAGCCUGUGCUCUGAGGAGGAGCUACCAGUGACCUUCCAGGCCUGCGUCAUGACCAAAGACUGCGAUGUGACUGAGUGGUCCGAUUGGUCAGCAUGUUCAAAGGAGUGCUACGACCCCAACGGACCCAUGGGGGAGCGCACACGCACAAGAAAAGUGAGCCAGUUCCCCAUUGGUGGAGGAGCAGAGUGUCCAGAGCUGGAGGAGAAGGAGUCCUGCAGUCCACAGGGGGACGGAGUGCUGCCCUGCAUUAUUUACAUCUGGAAGACCACAGAGUGGACCGAGUGCAGGGUAGACGUGCUGCUGAGCCAACAGGACCGUCGACGGGGGAACCAGACCGGGCUGUGUGGUGGAGGGAUUGAGACCCGAGACGUGUACUGUGUCCAGUCCACCACUGAGACACCUGCAACCAACCUGGGGUCACUAAGGAGCAAAGAAGCGUUACGACCAGUGGACAGUGAUCUGUGUGUCGCCAUCUCUCCAAACACCACCCAGCUCUGCCACAUCAGCUGUCCUGUGGAGUGUGAGGUUUCUUUGUGGAGCGCCUGGGGACCCUGCACUUAUGAAAACUGCCAGGACCAGGCAGCGAAAAAAGGCUUCAAACUGAGGAAGAGGAAAAUCGUCAAUGAGCCCACAGGCGGGACGGGGAAUUGCCCCCACCUGGUGGAGGCAAUACCCUGUGAGGACCCCAGCUGCUACGACUGGCUGGUGGUCAAAUUGGAGGAGUGCAUCCCUGAUAAUGAGAAGGAGUGUGGACCGGGAACCCAGAACCCACAAGUGCAGUGUGUCAACAGUGAUGGUGACUUUGUGGAGAGGCAGCUCUGCCGCGAUGCCAUCCUUCCGAUGCCGGCCAUCUGUGAGGUGCCCUGCCCAAAGGACUGUGCCCUGAGCCCCUGGACCCCCUGGACUCUGUGCUCCCACACCUGCUCUGGAAAAAACACAGAGGGCAAGCAGACCAGAGCUCGAUCCAUCCUUGCCUACAAUGCAGGAGAAGGUGGAAUCCAAUGUCCCAACGUUAGCGCUCUGCAGGAGGUAAGGAACUGCAACGACCAUCCCUGCACCGUGUACCACUGGCAGACGGGCGCGUGGGGACAGUGCAUAGAGGACUCCUCCAUCCCUGCCACCAACACAUCUGUAGGCCGAGCACGCGGUGACGACGUAUCCUGCUCAGUGGGGAUGCAAACCCGCAAAGUCAUCUGUGUGCGGGUCAAUGUGGGCCAGGUUCCUCCAAAGAAGUGUCCGGAGAGUCUGCGCCCAGACACCGUCAGGCCCUGCUUACUGCCAUGCAAGAGAGACUGCAUUGUCACCCCCUACAGCGACUGGAGCCCCUGUCCAUCAACAUGUCGAGCAGAUGGUAACACCAAGAAGAAGCAGUACAGGAAACGUAUCGUCAUCCAGUCACCAGCCAACGGUGGUCAAGAUUGUCCUGAAGUGUUGACCCAGGAGAGAGAGUGUGAUGCACCAUCUGUCUGUCAAGGAUACAGAUGGAAAACCCACAAGUGGCGAAGAUGUCAGCUGGUCCCAUGGUCAGUUCGCCAGGACAGCCCUGGAGCUCAGGAGACCUGCGGGCCAGGCAUUCAGAUUCGGGCGGUCUCAUGCCGGAAGCGGGAUGGUGGGCAGGCAGAUGUUGAGGCUUGUCUUAAGUUUGCCAGCUCCAUGCCGCCUCUCACACAACCCUGCCAGCUGCCCUGCCAGGAAGACUGUCAACUCAGCAGCUGGUCCAAGUUUUCUCCCUGCUCAGCCGAUUGUGUGGGCGUCAGGACCCGUAAGAGGAUGCUGAUCGGGAAAAGCAAAAAGCGUGACCAGUGCAAAAACAACCAAAUGUACCCGCUGAGUGAGACCCAGUACUGUCCGUGCAACAAAUACAACGCCCAGCCUGUAGGGAACUGGUCAGACUGUGUCCUACCUGAGGGUGGACGAGUGGAGGGUCAACUGGGCAUGAAGGUCCAAGGCGACAUCAAGGAGUGUGGCCAGGGUUAUCGUUACCAGGCCAUGGUUUGCUACGACCAGGACAACCGGAUAGUGGAGACAUCUCGCUGCAACAGUCAUGGAUACAUCGAGGAAGCUUGCAUCAUCCCCUGUCCGUCUGACUGCAAACUAAGCGAGUGGUCCAACUGGUCGCGCUGCAGCAAGUCCUGCGGCAGUGGGGUCAAAGUUCGCUCAAAAUGGCUCAGAGAAAAACCCUACAAUGGUGGAAGGCCGUGUCCCAAACUGGAUCACGUCAACCAGGCUCAAGUGUACGAAGUGGUGCCAUGCCUCAGUGACUGUGGGCAGUAUGUCUGGGUGGCAGAGCCUUGGAGUGUGUGGAAGGUCAGCAAUGUGGACCUGAAAGACAACUGUGGCGAGGGUGUCCAGACCAGGAAAGUCAGGUGUAUGCUGAACACAAUAGACGGGCCUUCUGAGCAGGUGGAGGACUACCUUUGUGACCCUGAGGAGAUGCCUCUUGGGGCCAGGAACAGCCGGCUGCCCUGCCCUGAGGACUGUGUGUUAUCAGACUGGGGAGCCUGGAGUCCCUGUCCCCUGCCCUGCAGUGAGAACAGUACUCGGGAGAGGAGUGCUGACCCGCUCCGACAGCCUGGAGAGGAGAAGGAGUGUCCUCCUACGAAAGAGACGGAGUCCUGCAAACUCAACAGCAACUGUUUUCACUACUCCUACAACAUUACCGACUGGAGCACCUGCCAGCUCAGUGACCGAGCAGUGUGUGGAGUUGGUAUCAAAACCCGGAUGUUGGACUGUGUACGCAGUGAUGGAAAAUCUGUGGACCUGAAGUUCUGCAAAGAGCUGGGCCUGGAGAGGAAGUGGCAGAUGAAUGCUUCCUGUGUGGUGGAGUGUCCGGUCAACUGCCAGCUGUCUGACUGGUCACCGUGGUCUGAGUGCACCCACACCUGUGGGCUGUCAGGCAAGCUGUGGAGAAGGCGGACAGUGAUUCAGGCUCCCCAGGGCGACGGGAGGCCAUGUCCGUCCCAGAUGGAGCAGUGGAAGCCCUGCCUGGUGAAGCCCUGCUACAGCUGGAAAUACAGCGCUUGGUCCGAGUGCAAGUCAGAGGGGGCGAGGUGUGGAGAUGGCCUGCGCUUCAGGAAUGUGUCGUGCUUUGUGUCAGAUGGGUCGGGUCGGCAGGAAAGCAGCCUGGUGGAUGAUGACCUGUGUGGAGACCUGGAGCCCUCAGUGGAUGGGGAUCCACAGAUCAUCCUGCAGGAGUCUUGUACUGUCCCAUGUCCAGGAGAGUGCUACCUCACAGAUUGGACCAUUUGGAGUCCGUGCCAGCUGAGCUGCGUGAGCGGGGAUGACCUAGGUUUUGGCUCAGUCCAGGUUCGAUCUCGAGCUGUGCUGGCCCAGGAUCCAGAGAACCUGCUGCAGUGUCCAGAGCAGGAGCUAGAGGCUCGGCCAUGUACAGACGGCCGGUGUUUUGAUUACAAGUGGAGGACUGCACCAUGGAGAGGUUCAUCUCGACUGGUCUGGUGUCAGCGAUCAGAUGGACUAAAUACCACAGGUGGAUGCCCAAUGACAGCCAAGCCGAUGUCUGACCGAUCAUGUGACCCGCCCUGCACCAAGCCACGCUCUCUGUGCACAGAGGCAGGGGUAUGUGGCUGUGAGGAGGGCUACACUGAGGUGAUGAGGUCUGACGGCCUGCUGGACCAGUGUACAGUCAUCCCUGUCCUGGAGAUCCCCACUGCAGGAGACAACAAGGCUGACGUCAAGACCAUCCGAGCCUUCAACCCCUCCCCGCCUGAAGCCAGCUCACCAGGCAGGGCGGGGCGCACCUGGUUCCUGCAGCCCUUCGGACCAGACGGGAAGCUGAAGACCUGGGUGUAUGGAGUCGCAGCAGGAGCGUUUGUGCUGCUCGUCUUUAUAAUCUCCAUGACAUACUUAGCAUGUAAAAAGCCAAAGAGGCCGCAGCGACGGCAAAUGAACAACAGACUGAAGCCACUGACUCUGGCUUACGACGGAGACGCCGACAUGUAGAAGUCUUCCUGCUGACCGCGAUGACCUAAAGACACUCGUCCUCCUGCAGGACACGCUGGGUUUCCAUGUAAACCCCACUGAUGUCAGGGCUGCCGCUGGGCAUCGUUCAACCUCCAGGUGGACUCGCUGAAAGAUGAUUCUGCCAGAAAGAGAAACCUCAAAGAUCAACACAAUGAAUCCAUGUCCAUUAGCAGCCUUGAUGUUCCCGUCCUCUUUUUUUAAUUUAUAUUUUGAUAUUUUUUUUCACAAGAGCCUUCAUGAAUUCUUCGUCUUCUCUGGAAGUCUGCCUUUGCUUCUCUGCCAUCUUUAACUGCCGGUAACAUCCAAACCAUGGACGCUGGAGAGGGUCACCUGAACAAAGAUUUUGCUCUAAAAGCACAAAUCUACACUGACUUUUUUCUUAUUUUUCUCUAAGCUAAAUGGGAUCAUCUCUUUAUAGCUCUGUUCAUUGUUUGACCCGUGAAGAACAUUUAAAUUCCUGGUGAUGUCGUGGUCUGGGUUCAUCUCGCAGGGAAAGAUAAACCCAUAGGAGAAAAGUGUGACGAAUCUCAGAGUCACCAUCACUUCUGCCUGCCUCUCCCUUCUUCGUUUUUCAGGCAUAAUUUUGCACUAUAUUAGUGCAGCAUGAUACUAUGUACUUAUGUCUAGCUUUGCCAUAGGAAACUGCCUCUCUCAAUACAAGAUGGUGUACAGUCUUGUGCUAGAAAUGUAAAAAAGUAGACUUUUUUUUGCAAAGGAACUCACCAAUGUUUGUUAAUAUUUUCUUCUAUUACCUCUUCAGUGUGAAACGAUGGGACGCAAUGUAAAAAGGAUUUUUUCUGUCUUCUUAACUUAACCUUUCUAGUAUGUACAGCUACGAGUCCCAAACUCUGCCUGAAUUUAUUUAUUCUCUAAUGUUUUUUUUGACUGUGGCUUAAGAUCAUGAUCUUUUACUUUUGUAAAUUAUUGAUAUGCAUUACCAUCAUCAACUCAAACUGCAGGAGAUACAAACAACCCCUGUGUGUUAGGAAACUCUUAAAGCUGUGAGACAGGAAAAAGGUUGGUCAAACCCAAACUGAAGACACAGUUUGAGUUCAUUUUUAACUUUGUUGAAAAGUAUUCAGGCCUGUUACAGUUUGUUUUAUCACAUUGACCUGGAAGUUUGUGAAAAACAAAAAAAGUAGAGCAAUGAUGAAAAUUUUAGGUAUCAAAGACAAAUGAAAAUGGACUCAUUUCUAACUUUAUUUGAAAAAUACAUCUAUAAUUGAUUUCAUAUAAGAUACAGCGUUGAUACCUUUUGUCAUAAACUCCUCAAUAUGCCAAAAACAAACUUCCUCAAAAUUUACAGGGAAAAUGACUUAAAUCCAAAUAGUUGGAUUGGCCCUGCAUGUCCUUAUAAUCUAGAAAAAUGAACAAACAUACACUCACACCCUCACUGCUCUACAUUCAAAUGUUAAAUCUGUAAUUUAGGAUCUGGAUUUAAGUAGAAGUGGUCUUGUUUCUGAUUGUAGUCUGAGUAGUAUUGACCAACCUGGUGUCUGCAGAAAAAACAAUCUAUAUGGAGAGCAAACGCAGGAGGAACUCAUUCCACUGUAAUGUAUUGACUUCCAUCUGAUAGAGAUGUAUUUAUUGCUGCAGGUAGAUACCUUCAUGCAUGUGCAGCUGCAAAUAACAUAGAUUAAUUUUGAAAGGAGUGACCAAUUUGACAGCUUCUGUAUCGUAAAGGACAAACAGGGUUUAGAUUUCCUGACUUCCUGGAAUGCAUCAGAAAUGAUGGAUCCCACCUCCAUUCAACAAACAUUUAAAUCUUGAAAUUUAACUCUACUAAUCUGCAUCAUGAUGUUGUUACUUCAGCAAACUUAAGACUUGUUAAUUACAACAAAAUCACAAGAACAUGUUUCUUUUUCAGAGCGAAGCCUCUGUUGUACUUACUAUUUACAGUGAAACUGAGACUCACCACAAAGAGAUGGAGGGAUGAUACUCUGGUGGUUGUUACAAAUCAGAAAAUGUUACUUCUUAGGUUGCAUUCAGUAAUUUGUCAGUCAGGAAUAGGCAUCUUGAAUUUAAAGUUUACCUUUUUCCAAACACUCAGCUUUUUGCUCAUCAUGGAGCAUUUGGAGCACAUUUUAUUACCAUUGUGAUCAGAUACAAGGCUAUGAUAGUUUAGUGAAUACCAAGCCAUACAAGUCCUCCAAACCCAAAGACUUCAUCAAACUGGGUGAAUAUUGUAGAGCCUUAUUCAAACAUCUGAAGUACACACUCUUUGUAUGGUGAGACAGAACUCAGAGACCAUUUCUAUGGAGGAGAUGAGGAUGCUGUUGAAGGGCCUUCAAAAAACCCAACCAAUUUAAACUUUCAGUCCAAUUUCAACCUUACAUGGUACCUAGAAUUAAAGUCUAAAGAAUCCAGUGUCCACUUUAUUUGUUCAUAAAAAGUAAUGGACUGUAUUUUCAUUAUCUUCAAACAACCAGGACACAUCUGUUACAAUGCAAGAACUGCUUCAAAGUGCUCCUCACCUGACCUUGGUGUGUUCAUGGGCUUUAUGUUGUAAUGUGGAAACAAACCAUAGAGCAGUAUCUGUGAAUGUUAUUGCUCAAAACGUUUAUAGAUCACUCAACGAGGACAACAAGUGAUAGUUACAACCUAAUUCUAUGUUAAAAAACAACAUCAGGGCAAAAACAAGCUAUGCAUUAAAUGAUUUGAUCAACAUAUUUUAAGGGCAAACUUUCACUUUUGUUUACAGAGUUGCAUCUCUAUGGGUCGCCAACAGCAGGAUGGUACCAAAGCUUGUUUUACAAAACUUUUUGUAAAAUAUAAAAGUUGUAAAAAGUAUGUUAACAGGUUUAUUAAUAUUAAUGUUAAUCCCCUCAACUGAUGUUUAUCUUUAUAAACUGUCAUGUGUUUAACCAGACAGAAAUUAGGUCUUUAUAUUUAAGAGCAUCAACUCUGCAGUUAGACUCAAUCCUUUUCCUGUGUCACAGCUAAGAGUUUGAACUAACCUGCAGGAUCCACCUGUCCUUCAGGUUGUCUUCACCCAUAGCAGUGUUUAAUGACAUUCAUCUAAGUGAACUUUGACCCCAUAUCUCCAGAGAGACCUCACCAAUAAAGGAAUUGUUGUGGUCUCUCUGUCUUAAAGAGCUUUCAGCCAUCAGACCUCUGUGUCACUGCGGGUGACUGUCAGCAUCCUGUAGGAAGUGAUUUUAUCAGAAGCUUGUGUAUCGAUAACCGCUCAGAGGAGUUAUUGUACUGAAAUGUUUGGACACCAGGUCAUGCUGUGUUGUUGAAGCUAACAGUGCAGUCACCCUCAGUGAACAGUGUUUUAUUCAUCAGACAUCAUAUCAUUGCCAGAGGACGGCAGUUUAAUAUUCUGUGGAGUUUGUUGCUAGUAAGUUAACGGAAUGUUUAUUUUAUAUUUCUUGGAAUAUGAGUUGUAAAUAAAGUGCUAAAUAUUUCUUUUUUUAUUUAUUGUUCAUGUUCCAUAACGUGUUUCCUUUUUUACCGCACAACCUGUUGUGCAAAAAUAAUAAAAACCAAUAAAAAAGUGGAGGUGUGAAUGUGGGUGUGCUCAAAGCGAUGUUGAUAACGGUGUGAAAAACAAAGUCGCUGAUGAAUUCUGUCCUUUUCCUACUGUUUGUUUAUAUGUAUUUGACUAAUUGCUGAUAAUAAACAAGGAAAUAUUUCAAA